AUGAACGCUGAAGCAGCACGGGCUGCUGCUGCACAAGCCGAAUUUAAUGAGAAGAAAUGGGUCUGGGUGCCCGAUGCGAAGGAGGGUUAUCUAGCUGGCUGGGUUAAUCAAGAGGAAGAAGAUGCUGCUGAAGUCGUCAUGGCUUCUGGUGGGGAGAUCAGAAAGGUUCCUUUCGACUCUUUGUUCAAGAUGAACCCACCGAAAUUCGAUCGAGUGGAAGAUAUUGCAGAUCUAACUUUCCUCAACGAAGCCAGUGUUGUUCACAAUCUACGGCUCAGAUACGGCUCUGGCGCAAUCUACACGUAUUCAGGCCUCUUCUUAGUGGCUAUAAAUCCCUACCAACACCUUCCUUUGUACUCCGAUGCUAUCAUCCAGCAGUAUCGGGGUAAGCGGAGAGAUGAGAACCCUCCGCACAUCUUUGCAGUCGCUGAACGCGCAUGGGUGAACAUGGGUGACGAGCGAGAGAACCAGAGUAUCCUCAUCACAGGAGAAUCCGGAGCAGGCAAGACGGAAAGUACAAAGAAAGUCAUCCAGUACCUUGCUGCUAUCGCCACCGACGCACACCUGCCCGCUCCAACAGCCCCGACACAUUCACGGUCUAACACCGUGUCAUUUAGUUCUGGCUCGAGUCUUACGAGGACACCAUCGAGGAAGGGUCACCAUAGUAGUGGGUCCGUUGGAAGCGCGCUCACGGCGAAGGGAAGGCUUGGGUUGCUAGAACGACAGAUCCUGCAGGCCAACCCCAUUCUCGAGGCCUUUGGAAACGCCCAGACGCAGCGCAACAACAACUCGAGUCGAUUCGGUAAAUUCGUCCGGAUCAUGUUCUCGCCCGAUGGGAGCAUUGCAGGGGCCAACAUCGACUGGUAUCUCUUGGAGAAGAGUAGAGUGGUUUUCAGGAGUGAGGCGGAGAGGAGUUUCCAUGUAUUCUACCAAUUGAUGGCUGGAGGCGGAUCGCUCAAGAAUUCGUUACUCUUGGAUGGUGAACUCGAGGACUAUGAAUACCUCAACAAGAGCAGACGCGAGGUGGAUGGUGUAGACGACAAGGAAGAAUGGGGGGCACUCAAGGCGGCCCUAGACGUCGUCGGCUUCUCCAACCAAGAACAGUUCGAUCUUUUCCGCAUCGUCGCCGCGAUUCUACACAUAGGAAACAUCGUCAUCGCUGGCUCACGUUCAGACGAGGCGUCGAUGCCGGAUCCUUCUCAGGCAGAACGCGUGUGUCAUUUACUCGGGAUUCCUAUCGCAGAGUUCACGCGAGCCGUUCUUCGACCGAGGGCGCUGGCUGGCAGGGAGUGGGUAUCGCAGUCAAGGACACAGCAACAAGCCACGGACGAGCUUUCGGCGCUUUGCAAGACACUCUACGAGAAGUCAUUCGGUGCCCUCGUCGAUCGUAUCAACAAAGCCCUCGACCGACCUUCUUCCAAGGCCAACUUCAUCGGUGUCCUCGAUAUUGCAGGUUUCGAGAUCUUCGAAAUUAACGGGUACGAGCAACUCCUCAUCAACUAUACCAAUGAGAAACUUCAGCAAUUCUUCAACCACCACAUGUUCGUUCUGGAACAAGAAGAGUACGCGCGCGAAGGGAUUAAAUGGGACUAUGUCAACUUCGGACUCGACUUACAGCCUACCAUCGACCUGAUUGAAUCCAGUGGACCGAUGAUCGGUAUCCUUAGCUGCCUCGACGAGGAAUGCAUCAUGCCCAAAGCCACCGAUCUCACCUUCACGCACAAACUCGACGCUCUUUGGGCAGGACCCAUCGACGAUGAAGAGGACUACCACCCCGGUCGGGACAAAUAUGAACCUACGCGAUUCGACCAUGGUUUUAUCAUCCAGCAUUACGCUGCCAAGGUCGAAUAUCGCACGGACGGAUGGCUCGAGAAGAACAAGGAUCCCCUCAACGACAACCUCACGAAAGUCCUGGCGGCUUCUUCUGAACCCUAUGUCGCCUCCCUCUUUGCCGAGUACGCAGAGGUGCCAAGUGGUCUAAGUGGAAACCACUUCCUCUCCUUGGGGAAGAAGCGGACCCUCAAGAAGGGCGCUUUUCGUACAGUCGGUCAGCGUCACAAGGAGCAGCUCGCCAGCCUCAUGUCCCAACUCCGCGCGACCCAACCACACUUCAUUCGUUGUAUCGUCCCCAACACGGUGAAGAAACCCGGAAGAGUUGAUGUCCCGCUCAUCCUCGACCAACUGCGAUGUAAUGGUGUACUCGAAGGUAUUCGUAUCGCCCGUCUAGGGUACCCCAAUCGUCUGCCCUUCGUCGAGUUCCGGCAACGGUACGAGAUCCUCACACCCGGGAUCAUACCGCGAGGGUACAUGGAUGGCCGUGAAGCGUGCAGAAGAAUGGUCAACGCACUCGAACUGGACGACGUCAUCUACCGUAUCGGCACCUCCAAGAUCUUCUUCAAGGCCGGUGUCCUCGCUGAACUAGAAGAACGACGCGACGCUCUCCUCUAUGACAUCUUCUCCGGUCUGCAAGCGACUUGUCGAAUGUGGGUCGCACGACGGCAAAUGAAGAAGAUUCUCAACCGUGCCAAUGCGAUAAGGACCAUCCAGAGAAACGCGAGAGUGUAUGGCGACCUAAGGGAUUGGCCGUGGUGGCAACUGUACACUAAGGUCCGCCCUCUCCUUGCUGCCACACGCAACGACGAGGAACUACGGAAACGGGAGGUGGAGCUUCAACUGGCGAAGGAACGUGCUGAGCGGGAGAAACAGGCGAAGGAGGCAUUGGAGACACUGAAGAUGACUUUGGAGGCUGAGAAGCGGAGGGUAGAGGACCAACUGGAAGCCGAGCGGGCUCUCGGUCUUGACAAAGACGCCUUGCUUGAGCGUUCCAAGCGUCGCGAGGCAGAACUGGAAGAAGAGAUCGGCGCUCUCCAAACUGACCUCGACCUUCUCGACUCCCAACUGGACCGAGCGCUCAAACUCCAGAAAGAGAGCGAGGAGAAACACAAGUCUCUGCAACAGGCGUUUGAUCAGGCCGCGGAACAUCUUGUGCGCUUGGAAAUGGAACAGAAGGAGUGGGUGGUCAGGGAGAAUGAGUUGUUGGAGCAGAUCAUGGAGGCGGAGAAGGAGAUUGAAGAGUUGAGGACCGGGUCGACCGAGCUCCAGAAGGUUGGGGAAGAGUUGAAGAAUCUUGCGAUGCAGAGAGAGGAGGAUAUUGCAAGAACGAAGGAGCGUGCUGAUGUCAUGUUGCAGGAGAUGGAAGGCAAGCUGAAAUCUGAGACUCAAAGCCGCGAGCUGCUCAAAGACAAGUAUGAUGGCAUGGAACGUGACGCCCGACAAGCCAAAGAACAACUCGCAGAAAUGGCGCGCACCGCCAAUGAGUACUCGGCCAUGAUCCAGAAGAAGGAAGAGCAGAUCUCCAGCCUGGAGCAACAACUCGAUUCUGUGACGCUCGAGAAGGAAGCUGCCUCGAAGGAGAUCCUCGAACUGCAACAUGACAUCGACACACUGCAGGCCCAACUCGAAGCUGAACAGCAAGAUCGCGCAACCGAACACGGGCUCCGCACCAAACUCGAGGCUGAGAUCGACGACUUGCGGAAGGUCCUGGCCGCCAAGACAGAUGAGGCCACUCGUCGCAGUGAAGCUCAGAAGAGCAAGGAGGCUGAGAUUACCGACCUUCGUGGCCAACUCAAUCGACUCCAGGAAGAGCUUUCUGAAUCCCGCAAAUCAUCCCUGGAAGCUCAGAGCAAGCUGAAGCUGGAAUUGGAGGUGAUCAACAGGGAGCACAAGACGCUCCUGUCGAGUCACAAGUCGUUGGCAGAUAGGGAUCAGGCGAGUCAGGAUCAGCUGAAGAAGGUGCAAGCGAACAUCGGGGAGCUGGAGAAGAACAAGCGGGCGAUGGAGAGUGAAUUGCAGUCAUUGAGGACGAAGCUGCAUGACUAUGAAACGCAGAUGUCGGAGGCUACGCGACACAAGGAGGCUUUGGAGCGUCAGCUAGCAACCGCUCAGGCCAAAUACCGUGACUUUGAAGACGUCGAACUUCAAUUCCAGCGUGACAGAGACAACCUCGUUCGUCAACUCGAAUCGACCAAGCAACAAUUCGAAUCCGAGUCCCUCAAACGUACACAACUCGAGAAAUCUCUUGCAACCCAGAAGAGCGAAGUGGCCAAGUUGAAGGAACGCAAUACCAAGCUCGACAAGGACUUGAACACGGCUCUCAAGACGCUCAAGAAUCAGGAAUGGGAAAUCAAACAACUCGAGUCGAAGCAGGACAAGACAAUCGUCGAACACGUUCACGUCCUCGAGGAGGCCAAACGGGUAACGGAUCGUCAACUGCAAGAGGCUCAACUCGAAUUGGACAAGGCGAAGGUUUACAUCAAAUCUCUUGAGAAGGUCAAGGUCCGGCUCGCUGGCGAAGCUGAGGACUUGCAGCAGGAGAAGGAACGCGAGCUUCGUGAACGCGAGAAACGGGCACGGAUGCAAGAGGAGAAGACGACCAAAGCUCUCGCCGAACUCGAAAGGGAGCGCCAAAGCAAAGGGGACCUCGACCUCCAAUCGCGUCGCAUGCAGGCAGACCUCAAAGCGGCCCAGAGUCAAAUCGCCGAACUCACGGAAGAGCUCAAGGCCACUCAACGCUCCAAAGAGAACCUUGAGGCUGAACUCGAGCGGAUCGCAGACGAGACGGACAGCAUGGACUCGUUCGCCCGCAUCCAGCGUCAAUACGAGAGUCGCAUAGCUGAACUCGAGCAACAACUUUCAGAAAGCGAAGGCGCCCGUUCGAUAGCAGACCGUAUCAAAGAACACCUUGAACGACAGCACAACGAGAUCAGACAGCUCAUCCUCCAGAGCGGGAAAGGAGACGGAGACUUCCAAACCCGCCUUCUCAAGGAACUUCAACUCGCCGACGAGGCACUCGCCAAAGAGAUGUCCGCUCGGAGGAAGGUGCCUCGCUCAAGUGGCGCCCACGAGUUACGUCCCAUGUCCAGCUUCUCCACCCCGACGAAGCAACGCGUCAACCAGAACGUGCACUUUGGCUCACCCUCUCAAAUCCGCGCUGAAUCGAGCAACAAACAAAUCAGCGCGCUUAAACAACAAGUCCAGGUUCUCGAGAUUCAGAUGGCUGCUUCUGAGCGCGUUCGAAGGCACCUCGAGGUUUCGCUACGAGAGAUUACCCAUGAACUGGAGAACAGCGAUGGCUCUAAACAGUUCUUGCAGCAGUACAAGGCUCGACUGAUUAAGGAGAAUGCCAGGCUUGCGGAUCUGCUCAAGGAGGAAGCCGAUGCCAGGAAGGCUGCGGAGACUGCACACGCGGAUGGAAUUCAGGCUAUCUGGUCCAAAUUCCAGAAGACGAUCUCGGAGGAGAGGGAGAGUUAUGCCAGGUUGGAGGAGUCGAAGAAGGCUUUGUUGGCUCAACAACGUGCAGCGCAGAGCGAGAUCGAUUCACAGAGGGCACAAAUUCGGGAUUACAGUUCUGCCAAGAAGCGCUUGCAAGAAGAGGUCUCGUCGCUCAAGAACCAACUGGAAACUACCAGGCGCGAGGCUACGGAUGCCAAACGUCAGUUGCAGCAACGCAUCCAAGAUUCCGAGGUCAACUCGGCCGCUUUGGAGGCUGCCAAAGCCGAGCUCAAGAACGUCAUUCAAACGUUCAAAGAGAAAGAACACUCGUACGUCGAACGCCUCGAGUCUGCCGAGAUCGCGCGUGCCAAGGCCGCUCGAGCCGAAGCAUCUGUGCGCCGCUCACUCGCCGAUCUCGAGAAACAACAAGCCGAUACCGCUGCCGAGCGUCUUAAGAGUCAACAACGUCUGCAGGCUGCCGAGAAGAAGCUACACGAGAUGCAGCGCAAGCUCGAAGAAGGUGGAAAGGAGACUUCAGACGAGGCGGCCCUCCGACAGCACUUGGUCGAGGAACUCGAAGAUACCCGCGAACGUCACCAGAAGGAUCUGGCAGAUCGCGACUUUACCAUCGAUCAGACGAGGAAGAAAUACCAAGCCGAACUCGCUCAGCUCAGCGAGGAGCUACAAUCCCAACGCGACAAUCUCUCCAAACUGCGCGAGGAGAACCGCAAGCUUCGCUCGGAAUACGACGAGCUCCAACUUCGCUACGACGACGAAGUCUACAACAGCGGGGGCUGGAAGAAGGAGAAGGAACGAAUGGAAACCAAGAUUCGCGACCUCGAGAAAGUCUACGAAGCAAGUACGGGCGCUCAAGCCGAGCAACAAUCGCAAAUCGUGGCUCUUCAUUCCCAAGUUCGCGAAUUGCGCGCUGUACUCGACGAUGCUGAAGCCGAUCGGGCUCUCCUCCAGAAGGCCCGUCGUGCAUUGCAAGCAGAGUUGGAGACUAUCAAGUUGGAUGGGGUUGACCCGAAUAGGAUGAGCUCUGACACCGAGUUCCAGAGACUACAGUUGAGGAAGCAGGAUUUGGAGAGGCUAUUGGAGGCACAGGAGGACAGAGCGACAAGCGCGCUCGAUAGGAUGAAGAAGGCGGAAGCCUAUGCGAAUGAUUGCCAGAUUGAGCUUGGUAAAAUCCGAGUGGAGAAUUCGGAGUUGGAGAGACUCAACGCGAGCCUUGAGAAGCAGAUCAAGGAGCUCAAUGUUCGGAUUGUGGAUCUGGAGACUCGAUCGUAUGCCAGCCCUUCGCGAUUGUCACUUGGGGGAACACCGCGCAAAGUUGAUUCGAGGAUUGACGACCUGGCCAGUCAGCUCUCGAGCAGCAGUGGAAGCAGUGGCCGGCUUACAGAUAAGCAGCGCAUCAAGAUGGAGGAGGAGAAGCGGCUCCAUGAAGCUCAGAUCCAUAAUCUACGGAAGCAGAUGGACUCCAUGCAAACACAAGAGCAUGAACUUCAAGCUGCCAAACGUCGGGCAGAGCGAGAGGCAGCAGAUUACAAACAGAGGGCGCUAAACCUCGAAAGAGAAUUAGAGAGCAUGAAGACACGAUUAGUCUCAGGAUCACCGCGCAAAUGAACUCUCGGCGGUUCUCUUCCCUUAACGAUUUUUAUGACCUAAACUAACGCGCAAAGUCUACUGUAUUGAUACCAUUUUCACGCUGUCUCUUGUCUUAGAUUGAUGCUCGGACACACUUUUGUUCUCUGGUCACCGUCUUGUAUUUUGGCAACACACACCGCAUUUUUUUGUAUCAUUGGUUACACGAAUUCUAUCUACUUGAUUGAUAU